AUGGUCCUAUCAUUCAUUCUCGUCCAGAAUCGCCAGGGCAAAACACGCCUGGCGAAAUGGUAUGCCCCUUACAGUGAUGAAGAGAAAGUGAAGCUCAAGGGCGAGGUCCAUCGCCUGGUUGCUCCCCGAGACCAAAAAUACCAGUCGAACUUUGUGGAGUUCCGGCGCAGCACGAAGGUCGUCUACCGUCGAUAUGCAGGGCUGUUCUUCUGUGUCUGCGUGGAUGCCAAUGACAACGAGCUCGCAUACCUGGAAGCUAUCCACUUCUUCGUCGAGGUGCUCGAUCAGUUCUUUGGGAAUGUCUGUGAGCUGGAUCUAGUAUUCAACUUCUAUAAGGUCUACGCUAUCCUAGACGAGGUCUUUCUCGCGGGCGAGAUUGAAGAAACAAGCAAACAGGUGGUGCUCACCCGAUUGGAACAUCUCGACAAAUUGGAGUAG